AGUACCGAUUGUGCCAGAGAUCCUUUCCAGGUGUGCUCGGUAGCUGGUUCUCGAAUCCGCUGAGGGCUGGGUUCAUGGUCAUCACCAUGGCUGAAUUGCCGGUCUAGCGUCCGCACGGUGACGAAGCUCUCGUCUGCACCCGCCGCUCUGCGACUUCGGGCGGGAUUUGUGCAAAUUUUGAGACAGUUUGGUGCGUUAAGGGGUUCAGGCGUUCUUGUUGGUUUUUGCAGGAUGAGGGUUUGUGAGAGGCGAUGAUGGCGGAUGUGGGAAGGGAUCAGGUUAGUGUUGCGGAGACGAUAGGUAGCUUGGAAUGGGGGAUUUUUGGAAGCGCAGGAAUGGGGGAGAGCAGGUUACGAGGUGAUUACAGCUGCAGUGAGUUAGGGCAAGAUGGGAUGGGCGAGCUGGAAGGAGCUCAAAAUAAUUGGAGAGAAGGUGAGGCAGAUGUCGAAGAUGGCAGUGAGCCGGUGCGGGACGAGACGGAUCAACGUGAUGUUUACCUCGAUGAACUUUUAAGCGUCAUUGAGGAUGAUCCCGAUUCGGCUGCACCGAGGUUCCAGGCAACCUCUGCUAUGGAUGAAGUGCUAGAGACAGAUGGGACAAUGCCUCUUCUUGGUCCAGCUGUCUCGCAUCAAGAGUUGGGGAUUGCACCGUAUGCACCUGCUGUGCCCGAGGGACAUUAUGGUCUAUCACUGGCGCCUUCAUUUAAUCAUACCACCUCAGAAGUCUUCUGGCAGCGCGAUUUGAAUGGGAGUGGAGAAGGUUUUGAAGAGACUUCAGACGAGGUGCUUUCUUUAGAGGAUACAGAGCAGGACACGAUUCAGUAUUUUCCAGAACUGACUGGAGAUCUUGAUUAUGACAGGCCGCAGCAGAAUGAUGGAUCUGUAUUGGCUUCGAACUGCUACUCAGAAAGGCUUUCACCUGGGGUGUCGAGACCGAGUCGUUCCACUUCCAGUUCGCCAAUUGCCAUGUUUGACAAUACCUCAAGACAUGGAUUAGUGUUCGAUAGUCCGUUUGAGCGGAACAGCAUAGUUGAAAACCCUAGGCAAUUUACCAUCCUCAAUGGCCAUGCCAUUGUGGAUCUUACCAGUGAUGACAGCGAUGGUGAUGAGGAGGAGUCUGAGCUGAAGGAGAUAGAUGGGAGAUCGCGAGGCAAACGGAAAUUACCUCACGAUGAAACUGAAGGUGAUAGAAAGCGGCUACGAGAAACUGCCAAUUCGUCUUAUAUGCAAAAUAUUGGUACCGGGUUUCCCUACACGCAGAUUGCGAAGAAGCCAUGUGAAACGAUUUCUUUUCCAAACAGAUCUCAGUCAUGGAGUCCUAGCUCUCUCAAGUAUUCUUCUCAAUUAGGUAAUCUUGAGUCCUCUGUGACCACCGCCACAUCUUUAAAGAAUAUUCCAGGUUAUGAAUCUCACAAAACUACUUCUGCGAGGAGAGAUACUUACACUAGUAGUUUGACAAAUAUGGCGCAAAGGAGUUGCUCAGGGGAAGUGAGCACAUCGUACGAUAGAGGAAUAUCUAGGGUUUUACCUGGGACCGUGGCAAGAUCUAUGGCAGGAUUAGUCAAUGGAAUGCGUGUUGCUGCUACAAUAGAUCAUCGUCUAGCUCUUGCAAUGGAUCCUGUGAAGCGGAGCGAGGAGUUAGCUAUCCAAGCUGUUGUCCAGGCUUUUUCAUUGGGAGAUGAGAAGGAAGAGCUUACUCCUGAUGAAGACCUUUUAACUAUGACACUCCUCAAGCAUCAGAGAAUAGCGCUGGCGUGGAUGGUUAAUAGAGAAAGUGGAAGACAUGAACCUUGUGGAGGCAUUUUAGCGGAUGAUCAGGGUCUCGGAAAAACAAUCUCUACUAUUUCUCUCAUCUUGAAGAAUAGAGCUCCGAUUCUAAAAUCAGGAUCAACCAGUGCACAGUCUGUUCAAUUAGAAGGUUCGACAGUCGAUCUGGAUGCUUACGAAGACGAUGAAGACCAGCUACUGCUCAAAAAGGAAUUCGAAAAUGGACAGUGGCCAGCAUCUGCUCUUAUUGAAAAUGGCAAUCAGCUACAGCAGGAUGAACCUAAGUCCAGCCAACCAUCGAGCAAAGGCAGGCCAGCUGCGGGGACACUUGUUGUGUGCCCUACAAGUGUUUUGCGUCAGUGGGCGCAGGAGAUCAGGGACAAGGUCUCUAUUAAGGCAGACGUAUCAGUGCUAGUUUACCACGGGAGCAAUCGAAUCAAGGAUCCACAUGAAAUUGCGAAGUUUGAUGUGGUGCUUUCUACUUACUCAAUUGUGAGUAUGGAGGUUCCCAAGCAGGCACUACCUGAAGAAAAAGAGGUAGACAAUAGGAGGAGUGCUUUUGACUAUGGGAUAAGUCAGUUCACAAAACCCAAGAAAGAUAAACCCGAGAAGGUUAAGAAGGCAAAGGCCAAAGGCAAAGGAGCGGGGGCAGAUGGUGACAGUUCUGAUUCUGGUCCUUUGGCUCGUGUUGCUUGGUUUAGGGUUGUUCUAGAUGAAGCUCAGAGUAUUAAGAAUUAUAGAACUCAGGUUGCACGUGCUGUAUGGGGUCUCCGAGCUAAGAGGCGAUGGUGUCUCAGCGGGACUCCUAUCCAGAACUCAGUAGACGACCUUUUUAGCUACUUCCGCUUUCUCCGUUACUCUCCAUGGGGAGAUGUUUAUAAGAAGUUUCAGCGUGAUAUCAAGGAUCCUGUUGGGAGGAAUCCAACCGAAGGCUAUAAAAAGCUUCAAGCAAUUUUGAAACCAAUUGUUUUGAGGCGUACCAAAACUUCUUUUCUCGACGGAAAACCUAUUGUCAAUUUACCUCAAAGAAUUGUAAAACUUCAGCAAACAGAAUUCAGCUUGAAUGAGCGCUCCUUUUACUCCAACUUGGAGACAGAAUCACGGGCUCAGUUUCAGAUGUAUGCUGCUGCAGGAACUGUGCAGAAUAACUAUGUGAACAUUCUUUGGAUGCUGCUACGGCUGCGCCAGGCAUGUGAUCAUCCCAUGCUUGUUAAGAAAUGUGCGAAAAGUGAAGCUUUACAAAAAACAACACUAGAGGCAGUUCGAAAGUUGCCACCUCAUCAACGUGCUGCACUUAUUCAGUGCUUGGAAGGUGGUAGGGCAAUAUGUUACAUCUGCCAGGAUGCACCAGAAGAUCCAGUCGUCAGCAUAUGUGCGCAUGUAUUUUGUAGACAAUGCGUAUCUGAGCAAAUGAAUGGCGAUGAUACGACCUGUCGAUUCCCCAAGUGCAAGAAAUCACUCAAUGUCUCUUUAUUAUAUACGCUUUCUGCUUUGAAAGAUUCGGGGGUUUGUGAAGAAAGUAGCAGCCUUAUUAAGGAAGAGAAAAGUUCAGAGCCUGCCAUAACAGAGUUGGAUCAAUCUUGGAAGACAUCCUCCAAAAUCGAUGCUAUGAUGAAUACAUUGCAGGCCUUGCCAAAGGUAAUUGUGCUUGUAGAAGAUGGGAAGAUUGUUAAGGGACCUAAAGCAGAAACAUUAUUGAAAGCAGAAGCUGUGGAAAUUGAUCAGGGUGAAACCCUGUCUUCUGGGUUGCCUGUCGUUUCUGAGACAACUGUUAGUAAAAUCGACAAGGUUGAGUCGACUGAAAAAGCUAUUGUAUUUUCACAAUGGACUAGCAUGCUUGACCUCUUGGAAACUCCGUUGAAGAAAUCAGGAUUAUGCUAUCGAAGGCUGGAUGGUACCAUGUCAGUUGUCGCUCGAGAUCGAGCUGUUUCUGAUUUCAAUACACUUCCAGAGGUGACAGUCAUGAUUAUGUCUCUGAAAGCUGCAAGCCUUGGGCUUAAUAUGGUGGCUGCAAACCAUGUGCUCCUACUGGACGUAUGGUGGAAUCCCACCACUGAAGAUCAAGCAAUUGAUCGAGCUCAUCGUAUUGGUCAAACUCGAACUGUCAAUGUCUCACGAUUCACAAUUAAAAACACAAUUGAAGAUCGUAUUUUAGCAUUACAGGAGCGAAAGAGACAAAUUGUGGCAUCUGCUUUUGGGGAGAACAGCGGAGGUGAACAAAAGAAUCGUCUGACAGUGGAGGACCUUCGCUACCUUUUCCGAGUCUAAGUGGUUCAGUGGAUUUUCUGUACUUUUAAAUUACUGCUGUUUUUGAUAUGUAAUAUUACCCAAACACAAUAGCAGAAGCAGUGGGCUUUGUUUGACAAUACUCGUAGGAGUUGGGCUGCUUUACCAUUCGAGGGCCCCCGCGCUUAGUCUGUAGGGUAAUUGGCAGUUUCAAAUAUUACAUUUGAUCCCUCUCUUGAUAUUGAUCCGUAAGGCUGUAGUCACUAUCUUGCUGAUUAAAUUAUUUCCAAGGUAGUGUUGUGUCUUGAAGUUUCGGAUUACAGGCCUGUGAAACUUUAGAACUUGGGUUUCUCAUUCGUGAGUAACUGGGUAGUCGAUUGGAAUACUCCUGAAAGCACGAACAGUGAAUUACUGAAGAGGCAUUCUUUUCUUCAGUUUGUACACUAGAUUGUAUUAAAAUGACGUCUUAAUUAAGCGGAUCUGGUUGAUUUUUGCGAAACUUAAGUAUUAA